GCAAAGACUUUGUCUUGACUUGGGACAGUGGGAAAGAAAGACCUUUGAUAGUUACCAAACUACCCAGCAGCGGUGCUAUCCCCGAUCAAUCCCAGGAAAAAAAGAAGCUUAAUUUCUUGCAAAGAAUAACAAACAGAAAUGGAGAUCGAUUUCUUGCACCAGCACUCAUUGAAGCUUUAUGAGAAGGCGAAUGAGGAGAUAUGCAUGGGAUGUAGAGAACCCAUCUCAGGUCAGACCUACGGUUGUAGCCUUUGUAUAUAUUUCCUCCACAAAUCCUGCACCCAGCUUCCAAAACAGAUCGAACAUUUCUUCCAUCCAUGCCCUCUCCUCCUCAGAAUUGCUCCUGUUUCUAGGUGUAAUGCUUGCUAUGAAGAAACAUCAGGCUUUAUUUACAGUUGUGAACCAUGUGAAUUCAAUAUGGAUAUCAAAUGCUCUCAACUUCCAACUAUAAAAUCCGAUGGGCAAGAAAAAAAUAUCCAGCAUUUCAGUCAUCGCCAUCCUUUGACUCUCUUUAGAGAUAUCGAAGAUCACAAGUCUUUCUGUAAAAUAUGCAGAAAGCUCUGCUUCACUCAGGCCUGUGGUUGCAGCCAAUGCAACUAUUAUCUCCAUAUAUCUUGUAUGGAAUUUUUGCCUCAAAAGAUUCAAGCCUCGUUCCAUUCUUGCCCAGUCACUUUGCUUACAACUCAGCAAUAUCGCUGUGGCUCUUGUGACAAAGAGCAUUCUGGCUUGACCUUUCGCUGUGGUAAGUGCUAUUUCCAUCUGUGUUUAGAUUGUUUUGUAACUUCUACAGAAAAGUCCAAAGGCCAUUCCAGACUCCCAUUGGAAAUCCAACAUUUCAUUCACCCAUGCCCUCUCUUCCUAAGGGUAUCAUAUGUAUUUAUGUGUAAUGCUUGCUGUGGGCUUCGCUCUGGCUUCGCAUAUUACUGUGAAAAAUGUGAGUUUAAUAUAGAUAUUGAGUGCGCCAACAUUCCCACUAUAAAUUCUGAAGGUGAAAAAGAGCAGGUUCAACACUUUAGUCAUUUGCAUCCUUUGACAAUUCAGGGGAAGAUAGAAGAUAUUGAAGAGGUUAGGUGCAAAAUAUGUGAUCAGCUGUGCUCAAGUCCAACCUGUAGUUGCAGCCAGUGUAAUUUUUUUCUCCAUAAAUCUUGUAUGGAGAUUUUGCCUCGGAAGAUUCCACCCUCAUUUCAUCCGUGUCCUCUUAUUCUACUAGCAAAUGUUUCUUAUCAGUGUGAUGCUUGUCACCAACACUACUCUGGCUUCACCUUCCGCUGUGGCAAGUGUUACUUCCAUCUAUGUGUCAAUUGUUCUUUAAUGUCUACAAUGAAUUCUAAUAGACCUUUUGAGGUUCCACGAGAGAUUCAAAAUUUCUUUCACCCAUGCCCUCUCUUCCUUAGAAUAUCCCCCACCUUUACUUGUAAUGCUUGCUAUAGACAGCAUUCGACCUUUAGGUAUUACUGCAGGACAUGUGUUUUUAGUCUGGAUAUUGAAUGCGCCCUGAUUCCUACACUAAAUACUGAAAGUGAAAAGGAUCAAAUUCAACAUUUCAGUCAUUGGCACCCUUUGACCCUCUAUGAACAGUUGAAAGAUUUUGAAACUUGCUGUGGAAUAUGUGGGAAGUUCUGUUUGAGUUCCAUCUAUGGUUGCAGCCAAUGUAAAUUCUACCUCCAUAAAUCUUGCAUGGAAGCUUUACAUAGAAAGAUUCAACACUUAUUUCAUGAAUGCCCACUUGUUCUACUCACAACGCCAUCUUAUAAAUGUGAUGGCUGUGGCAAGGAUUGCUCGGGCUUGACAUUUCGCUGUGGUGAGUGUUAUUUCCAGAUAUGUCUCGAAUGUGCCCUACUGCCUACUGUAGAAUCCGGUGGCCAUACAAAAAUUCAGCAUUUCUUCCAUGGCCAUCCACUGAUAUUCAGUGAAAAGAAAGCUACUGAUGAAGCUUAUUGCUAUGAAUGUGGAGAAUGCUGCCAGGGCAAUGCCUAUGGUUGUAGUAAGUGCAAUUUCUUUUUACACAAAUCAUGUGCACAAUUGCCACAAGAGAUCCAGAAUCCUUUUCAUCCAGAGCACCCUCUCACUCUGCUGAACAUGGCCUCGCAAAAGUCGGAAACAGUAAAAUGCAAUUUAUGUCUCAAGGCUUGCAGUUACUUUGCCUUCUGCUGCAAAAAAUGCAGUUUCAUAGUAGAUGUUGAAUGUGCUUCCCUCAAGCCCACUGUAAAAUAUCAGGGUCACAAUCAUCUUCUUACUGUUGUGGAGAACAUACAUGGUGAACUUCAAUGUGAUGCUUGUUAUAGCUCUUGCAGGGGCUCCUCUGCAUUCCGUUGCAUGGAAUGCAAUUUUGAUCUCCACCUUAUAUGUGGUCCAUUACCCUGCACCAUUAAACAUAAAUGCCAUGUAGAUCCACUCACCCUCAAGGAUUUUUAUGUUGAGGAUGAAGAUGAAGAUGAUGAAUUUUAUUGUGAUGCUUGUGAAGAAAGAAGGGACCCACGACUCUGUGUUUAUUAUUGUGCACAAGGUUGCCCUAUGGUAUGUGAUGUGAAGUGUGUGAUUUCCGAGGUUGUGGCAUCACUAAGGGGAGAGCGAGGAGAUGUGGAAUUGAGAACCGUAGGUAGACACAUGACUAGUAAGGUGUUUAGUAAAGAUUUGGAAGUUAAAGAAAUGGAGCAAAAUGAGACAGAAAAGGUUGCACUGGAAGAAAAAGUAAAGGUCAUACCUAAGUCAUUGGAAGAUAUAGUUGAUUCUUUAGAUACAACUGAGCAGAUAGAACUCAAUGAUAUUGCAACAGCUAUACAAAAUAGAGGAAAGGCAUCACUUGCAUGCAAGGAUCAAGGUACUUUUCCAUACUCAGAAGAGGCAUUUACGCAGUUCAUGGAUAGGCUCGAUUCUGCCAUUUUGAAUGAUGAUAUUCCAGAUUUCGUCUCAGAACAUGAUGAAGAAUUUGUCACUGUUGGGGAUUACUUCGUCUCUCGCACGCUUGUCCCUACUUUUCAAAAUUUGUUUGAUAAGUACGGGGAUGUCGGUGCCAAGUCCACAUUGAGUCCCAAAUUGAAGUCGAUCAUUUUUUGCUUCCUAUGCAGUGUCAUACACCGCAUGCGAACAACCAAAGUUGUAGACAUAACUGAAGGUAUACUUCAGGAGUGGUGGGCAUGCUUAAAAUUUGUGCAGCUUGCAGGGUUCAGAAUUCAGUUCAUUAUUGAUCAUCUGAAGCGAGUUGUACGUGCCCACUUUGUUCUUCAGGCGAGAAAGUACACAGAUCACACCUUUGUUGAGAAAAAUCAAGAAAUAGAACAAAUUUCCAAGGAUAUAAAGGAACUAACGUCAAAGUUAGAAGCAACCAAGGAACAACAAGAGCAUAACAAAUCGCUUGCACAUGCUGCAACUGCAAGCUUGAUGAAGCAAUUCCUUAGGGACGCUUCGGUAAUGAAGUGGAAGCCUGCAGCUCAUGGUCUGCUAUAAUGCAAAAAAGAGGUCCUAGGUACGCUGCUAAUAAUGGGUGCAUUCUUCUCAUGCUGCCAUAAUAAGAAAGUUCCCAUUUUGAACCAUAACUAAUUCUGAGCGUUCAAGAUUUGUCUUAGAACCCUAAGUGAGCAAAAUCAUGAACUGUGCUUGCGCAGCUGCAUAUUUCUGCUAUAAUAGUUGAUGCAAUCAUAUGACCAUACUAAACUUUAAGUUCUAGUUUAAAGAAAGUUUAGUGGUAGGAUAGGAAGCCUUUUACUAUUGCUGUCAAUAUAUAAGCUUUUGUAUGAUCUUCCAGAUAAUGAAAGCAUCUGCUUUUGCUCAAGAAAAGCAUCGAAACCACUACAGCUUUUUCUUUCCUUAUUUGAGUUAUUUCAUUUUAUUGUAAUUCUCCAUCCAAGAAAGAUGUCAAUUUGUACUUCAAUCUUUGUACAUGCGUGCAGAAGUGAUAAAGCAAAAAUGAAUAAUCAGUUGAUUAAGAAUGCCUA